CCAAAAGAGAUGUAAUGCAUUGGAACAUGCUGCCCAGGGAGAUGGUAGAGUCCCUGGAGGUAUGGAGAAUGUGGGGAUGUAGCAGUGAAGGACACGGUUGGUGGGCAUAGAGAGGAUGGGCUGGUUGGACUUGGUCAUCGUAGAGGUCUUCUCCAACCUGUCAACUGAUACAAAUAGUCCUGGGAGACUCAACAGUUUGCUGAUGUUCUGUGUCAGUGCUGCUGACCUCAUGUUGCUCCCUUCAAUGCUGUGAUUCCUGUUGGUCAGCAAGGGAUAACGCAGCAAUGAUUGGUUCAGGUUGUUCUGCUGAGAAAGUACAAGACUGGAGUUGCCAGAGCUCUAAACACAUUUCACUACAGCAAUUGGUUUAAUAGUAAGUGCCCAGCCUGCAGAACCUAAGUCAGAAAGUCUAUAAACAGAACUAAUGAACUUUGCAAAUUUCCCUGCUGUGUAUUCAUUGAGGAGAAUACAGAUAUUUGUGAAGGCCAGACCUGAACAAAGAAUCCAUGCAGGAAUGUAAAUUUCUCAACCCAAAAUGCUAUUUCUCUUUUGAAUUUGAGGGCUUGAUAAUUUCUUCAGGAAGAAAAUACUUCGAAAGCUCCUACAAAAGUUUGUUAACAUUUAUUAUCUUUCUUCUCUCCUCAGAAUCAGGUGCAGCUGUCUGUGAAUUUUUUUUAAAGGCGGCAUGUGGGAAAGGAGGUAUGUGCCCAUUCAGACACAUCAGUGGGGAAAAGACUGUUGUUUGCAAACACUGGCUACGAGGACUAUGCAAAAAGGGAGACCAGUGCGAGUUUCUGCACGAGUAUGACAUGACCAAGAUGCCUGAGUGUUACUUCUACUCCAAAUUUGGGGAAUGCAGUAACAAAGAAUGUCCAUUCUUGCACAUUGACCCGGAAUCUAAGAUCAAAGACUGUCCCUGGUACGACAGAGGCUUCUGUAAACACGGUCCACUCUGCAGACACCGGCACACUCGAAGAGUCAUUUGUGUGAAUUACCUAGUAGGAUUCUGUCCAGAAGGGCCUACCUGUAAAUUCAUGCACCCUCGAUUUGAACUACCUAUGGGAACCACAGAGCAACCACCACUGCCUCAGCCAGCACAAACACAGCAAAAGAGGACACCCCAAGUUAUUGGAGUCAUGCAAUCUCAAAACAACAACACUGGGAACAGAGGACCCCGGCCAUUGGAGCAGGUCACCUGUUACAAGUGUGGUGAAAAAGGUCAUUAUGCCAACAGAUGCACCAAAGGACAUCUGGCCUUUCUCAGUGGACAGUGAAAGAGCAGAAAGAAGAGUGCAAGGGAGCUAUUAACACUGAGAAAAGAUUUCUGCCUUGCACUAUUUCUUGAACUAUUAAUCAGGUUGGUUUUUUAAUGCCAUUACUGAAAGAACUGGUCAGAGGCUGGCUGCUGCUAAGCAACGUUUUUGUAAUUGUCCACAACUUUUUUUAUGUUUUAACCUUUUUAAAAUAGAUUUUGGCCUCCGUCUACUUUCAUUGAGCCCUGCUGAAAGGCAGAUCUAAAAGCAAACAGACACGCAAAGCCCUCACCGGUGCAGCAUUCCAUGUCAAUGCAGCUGACCCUGGUGGUUUUUGUUUUUUAAAUGUUUUCCUCCUGCCACUUCUCUUUGGAGAACCUGCAGCAUUUCAGCACUCCCUGUGGAAGCAGAAAGACUGACUGGGAAAAUUAGUCCUUGAAAUGCCUUCCCUUCAGUGAGGAAUUCUGCUGUCCUGCUCUUACAAAGUGAAGUUGUGUUCCUAGAUCCAGUCUUGUGAGCUUGUCCUGGUGAUUGACUUAAUGCCUCACAUGCACCAGGCUAUAAAACUCUUGUCCACUUUGUUUCUGUGUUUCUUGCUAUACUGAAGGUUAGAAAUUAAUCUUCUGGGUGAGAACUGAUUUGGGAAGAAUAAAUUGGCAUCUCUGUAGUUGGCCAAAUAAUAAGAAAUGAUUUUGGGAAAUUCACAUCUGUGUUCAUUUUCCAUUUGCAAAAAACACAGGGAAAUGAACACAGUUUAAAGUGUAGGAACAAAAGAGCCUUUUCUCAGCACCCCUGUCAUUCAGCUCACACCAAACAGGUAUUUCUGUAGCCUAGAGAAGACCAAGAAGUGGAGCUGUAUAUUUUUAUGGAACACUGCUUUUUAAAAGUGGUAGAACAUUCUUCUGAGAUCGUACCUCUGCAAGCCAAAACCUAUUUGUUUUGUGAGACAACUAUUUCAAAAGGGCCAAUGAUAAAAUGUGAAUUAAAAAAAAAACCAACAACUUGCACCUAUGUGAGCCUUAUUGAUGAUAACCCCUCUCAUUUGCUGACUGCCUUUGUACCUUGUUUUUAUUGAAAUGUACGGAUGGAAAAAGCUGUCUGUGAUUAUUUUCUUUUUAAGUAGGGCAACAUGGUUAAAUUAGAAAAACUGACCAGAGCCUAUGUUGGUUUGAAUGGCAGCCAUUGUUUCACUGUGUGCAUUCAGAGUCAGUCAAAAUAGAAGUUCUGAGACUAA